AGGAUCCCUUCCAGAAUGUGCCCGAUUAGGGAAGGCCAUAGAAGAGUGCCCUCUUGCGCGGUCAGAUGGCUUCCUGCCCUCAUAAUUCUGGGCGUGUUGGUAUGGUCCUACCACGUAUUUGUUUACCAAAUCUGCAUUAAGAAAGUCUCGGACUACUUGACCAUUGGACUGUUGCUCUUUUUCUACCACCUACUGUUGUUCAUGUUCCUAUGGACAUGGUUUCGGUGCAUUUUCGUAGCUCCAGUCAGGAUUCCCGAUCAAUGGAAAAUAUCACCCGAGGAUGUGGACAAAUUGAAGAGAAACGACGGAGUAGAGGGUACAGCUCGAGUCCUAAGUUAUGCAGCUAGAAAUUUACCCAUUGCCACGUGCACCAUCGAUGGACUAGUGAGAUAUUGCAAGACUUGCUGGAUUAUUAAGCCGGAUAGAGCUCAUCACUGUCGAUCCUGCCACAUGUGCGUCCUGAAAAUGGACCACCAUUGUCCUUGGAUAGUGAACUGCGUUCACUUUCACAACUUCAAGUACUUCAUACUCUUUUUGUUUUACGCUGAAGUAUAUUGCUUUUAUCUGUUCUGCGUAAUGAUCUAUGAUUUGUACCUGAUUUGUGGCUUUGAAGUUACUGCCCUGAAAAAUCAGCAUUCGUGGAACGUUCUUCAGUACGUGGUAUGCAUAGUCUUUAACAUAUUCACCGUGAUUAUGUACACUGUCAGCUUGUUGAAUGUAUCUCGAAAUCGCACCACUAUGGAGUCGGCUUAUGCCACAUACUUUCUCGUUGGCGGCAAGAACAAAAAUGGUUUCAAUUUGGGAUGUUUUGAUAAUUUUCGCGACCUUUAUGGCGCUAAGUGGUACCUCUGGCCCUUCCCGAUCUUCUCCAGUCGUGGUGACGGACUUUCAUCCCACGAUCGACUAAAGGAAGUCCGUACCGGUAACCAGAGAAAAGAUAACGAACCCACAAGAGCUCAGAUGUACAAGGAAAACGUGCAUCGAAUUCUCGGAAUUCAUCAGCCACCUUUCAAUGAAGAAUAGGUUCGCUUGAA